GCCGCGUAGUACCGAUACUCAUCAACAACAACUUCUUUCUCAUCCUACUUAUCCCUCAUCAAGUGACAAACCCUCAAGCACACCAUGUCGGGCUUUCCUACUCUCCAACCGGCCUUCACUAUCCAGGUCACCAUCGAUGCGCCGCUAGGCGUCGGUAGUGCCUCUCGGCAGAACAGCCUUCAGGUCGUGCCCAUGACCGGCGGCACGAUCAAGAGCGAGCCCGGUUUCUCCCCCGCCAUCGAUGCUGAAUUUGUCGGCGUCGGCAACGACUACAUCCAUGCGGAUGCUGACGGCAAGCACCUGCGUCUGGACGCGCAUGCUGUCGCUAAGCCCAAGGAUGAUGCCGAUCUCAUCUACCUGAACUACACCGGUGUUGUUACAAUGGUCCCCGAGGUCCAGGCUGUCUUUGCCGGCACUGCGGAGAACGGCUCGACGCCGUUCGGCAAUGCUUUCACCCACUUCACUUUCGAGACGGGCAGCGCACGCUACAAGGACCUCGAGACCCGGGUCUUCGUCGCCCAGGGCCGGUUCAACGUCGAGAAGGGCAAGCCGACAGUGGUCGAGUACCGCGUCAGCCAGGUCGUUCAAGGUUAGGUAGUCUAUAGCCUAUCUGACCAGGCAUCGUAGCUACACAUGCGACUCACAAGCACACAAUCGCAAAUUUCUGAGGGGGGAAGAUCCAUUCUCCUCAAACCUUCAGCGUAGCCACUAUUAUCCAUCAAUAUU